CCCCUAUCCUUAAAAAGUUUGACAUUAAUAAAGUGCUUAACAUAAUUAAAUUAGUCCAUCAUGAUCAUGUUGAAGAGUAAAAAAGAGAUUGGAGACUAUUGUUGUAGAUGCAAAAAAGACUUUUGUCAUGAGGAUCGCAUUGUACUUGCUCGAAAUUUGAAGUUUUUCCAUUUCAAUUGUUAUUCUAAGAAGAACUACUUCUACAGAUUGAUAAAUUCAGUCGAAACAUACUUCAUUUGGCAUGAAUCAAAGGUUGUAAUUGCUGAAUUAAACGAUUCAUUGAAGAAAUCUACAGCUUUGCUAAUUCUUAAUAAAAAGGAUAAAAGUACUGAAACAGAAGCUGGAGGCGGUGACACUCAAAUUGAGAUGCAACUGGAAGUAUCCAAACCUAUGGAAAAUCCAAAGAAAGAAGAAACACAAAAUCAAGCUUAUGGAACUGUUAUAGAUGUUAAAUUUGAUACUCCAAAGAUAGAAGAGGAACAGAAUCAGACUUUUGAAACUACUAUGGAUGCUACUUUAGAUGACGAAAGAGUUAACGAGCUUACAUCUAGUUUGAUCGAAAUAAGAGACGAAGUGGAAGUAUUAAAGUCUCAAAUUGUGAGAUUUGAAAAAAAACAGGAUAACGAUGAGCAGAUUAUCAUUCAAUUGGAAAAGGCAUUACAAAGAUAUAGGCGAAAUGUCAUAGAACUAAACCGUCAAAAUUACUUCUUACGUCAAGAAAGUGUAAUAUUUCAUCAAAAGCUAGCUAGUGAGAAUGAAUGUCAAGAAGCUUCAAGCAAGCAUUCAUAAAAAUUAGAAUUAAGGAUUGUUUAAUUCAUUUAAGUUGAUCUAUUUAAAGUAUUGAAGAACCAUGAGAGAAUAUGUUUAAUAUUAUUUUUGUAACAAUUUAUUGUUUGAACCAUGAAUAAAGACUAUCAAAUAACUUUUAUUUACUUA